CCUGCCGCUGGUCGCUUCCUCAACCCACGUGACACAAAUACAGGAAGUGUGUUUGGAGUGUGUUCAGUGGAGCCUCUCAGUGAUAAUAAUAAUAAUAAUAACUAUAUUUCCACUCGUGUCUGGGACUUGAAUGUGACCACAGAGUAAGGGACACUUUUGUUCUCUAGUUAGCUAGAGUUAGCUGAUAACCUGGUUCCCCUGUGUGAUGGAGCGGCUGAUCUCCAGGCUCACCGACAAACACGUCCUGUUCUCGGUUUCCCUCGCUGUGCGACUGGCUUUGGUCGCCUAUGGAGACCACCAGGACCGGACUAUGGCGGUGAAGUACACGGACAUUGACUACCAUGUGUUCACGGAUGCUGCAAGGUUCAUCACUGAGGGCGAGUCCCCAUACAACAGAUCAACCUACCGCUACACCCCUCUGCUGGCCUGGCUUCUCACCCCCAACAUCUAUCUCAGCAUGGUGUUUGGCAAGAUCCUGUUCAUUGUGUGUGACGUGCUGUCGGGACUGCUCAUCUACAGAAUCCUCCGCCUGCGAGGUCUGACCUCUGAGACUGCACGUCGUGUGUCUUAUCUGUGGCUCCUCAACCCACUGCCCAUGGGAGUGUCCACCCGAGGGAACGCUGAGUCCAUCCUGGCAGCCUUGGUGCUGGGGACAUUACUCUGUAUGGAAAGCCGACAUCUCAUAUGCGCAGCCAUCUUGUACGGCCUGUCGGUCCAUAUGAAGAUCUACCCCGUGACAUAUGCUCUGCCCAUCGCUCUGACCCUGCGCACACCAGAGAGCCGAGCAGAGGACAAACAGAAGUGGAGGAGAAUUAUCAGGUUCACUGGAAGCUUCCUCAAUACUGAGCUGUUCCUCUUUGCAACUGUGGCCGGAGGAGUUUUCUGUUCACUCACAGCACUCUUCUAUUACACGUAUGGCUGGGAGUUCCUUCAUCAGACCUACUUGUACCACCUGACCAGAAGAGACAUCAGACACAACUUCUCUCCAUACUUCUACAUGCUCUACCUCACUGCAGACAGCAGGUGGAGCCAGUGGAUUGGCCUGGCCGCAUUUCUCCCUCAGCUCAUCCUGCUGCUGGCAGCAUCGUGGGCAUUUCGCGGCGACCUGGCUUUUUCCUGUUUCCUUCACACGGCCAUCUUCGUCUCCUUCAACAAAGUCUGCACUUCACAGUACUUCCUGUGGUACCUGUGCCUACUUCCUCUGGUUAUCCCUCACCUGAGUCUGUCUCUGAAACAGGGGUCAGGACUGCUUCUCCUCUGGUUCGCUGGACAGGGUAUUUGGUUGGGGCCGGCCUACUUCCUGGAGUUUGAAGGCCACAACACCUUCCUGUUGAUCUGGCUCGCCGGACUGCUCUUCUUGAUCAUCAACUGUUUUGUUUUGAGUCAGAUCAUAGCCCACUAUAAACCAGCACAAACUCCUCAGAGACUAAAGGUUGAAUGAUCUGAAUGUGGAAGGAAUUUUCACUCUGAUCGCAGCUUAAAUAUGAAGAUUCAAAGGAUGUUCCACCUUUCAGUGGUUUAACCUGGAGUUGAUGGAAUAUAGUUGGUUCAAGCUCAGUCUCCUCAGUGUUUUACUGGUAACUACUUUAGUUAGCCAUUGAUUAAAUUCUUACUGCAGGUCAAAACCUUUGUGACCUCAUGACAAAGCAGAUGUUAUCCAUUCGCUGAAGUGGCCAAAAUACCUGAUGUAGAUCAGAGAUCACACACAGUUACUUCACAGUCUAAACAAAAAAUACUUAUGUUCAUUGCUUCACCAGAACAAACACGUGUUGUUAGGGCUCUUUUAAACCAACCUUUACUGAUACAAAGACAUAAGAGGUGCUCUGUGGUGUGAAUGGAGACACUAACACUCAGGGUAAAAUAAUGCACUAUGUAUAUGAUGUGAAAUUGAAAUGCUUACCUCUGUUACAAGGGGAUGUUUUCUUGGCUGUUUGUUUGUCUGUUAGCAGGAUUAUGCAAAAUAAUACAAUUGUAAUACAUAUUAUUAAUAUAAUACAACCAUAAUAUUUUAUUGAAAGUUAGUGAAAGGGAGAGGUAUAGGCCGAGGAAGAACCCAUGAAUUUUUGGAACUGAUUUGAGCGAUGGAUCCGGGAUUUUUUUUCCUCCGCUUUCUUUAAUAUUGCAGAUAGAACAUUUCUGUAAAAUUUUCAAGCAAUAUGGCAAAGAUCUUUAUGAAAACAUUUUCAAUCUGACAUGUGUAGAAUGCUAAUCUCUAUGAUACGGUAUAUCAUUAAGUGCCGAUCUGGAUAAUGAUCUAGAUUUUGUGAUUUGUAUUUUUAGAGGGGUGAUCUUUAUUCAGUUACUGUAGGGCAGGCCUAUUCAAAUGAAUGUGAUGACAGAUUACACUGCAAGGUGGGAAGAGAACUUUGCUGCAUGAUGGAUGGACUUGCUCUGCCCACAGAGGUGAUGGGUUUUUUCACAAAAACUACAAAAAAUUAAUUUUAUUUAUUGGUAAGACAAAGUGGAGAGGGCACGGUGUCUCUUUGUGAAUAUGAAAAUAAUGUACAUGUUGU